CUUCAGAACGGGAGAAAUCUCCAGGACUUUGACUGUCAGGAGCACGAUGUGGAGACGGCCCACGGUGUGCUGCACGUUACCAUGAGGGGAGUUGCUAAGGGCAACCGACCCACAAUCCUCACCUACCAUGACAUCGGACUGAACCAUAAGUCUUGUUUCAACAGCCUGUUUAACUACGAGGACAUGUUGGAAGUGACGCAGCAUUUCUCCGUUCUGCAUGUUGAUGCACCGGGACAGCAGGAGAACGCUCCCGUAUUCCCCACCGGGUACCAGUACCCCACCAUGGAUGAGCUGGCUGAGAUGCUUCCAUCUGUCCUCACACAGCUUCAGGUGAAGAGUGUGAUCGGUAUCGGGGUUGGAGCUGGAGCUUACGUACUCACCAAACUGGCUCUGAAUGAGCCCAGUCUGGUGGAGAGUUUAGUUCUGAUCAACAUUGACCCCUGUGCCAAAGGCUGGAUGGACUGGGCUGCCUCUAAGCUGAGCGGCUGGACGAGCAACCUGGUCGACAUCAUCAUGGGACACCACUUCAGCACGGACGAGCUAACGGAGAAUAAGGAGAUCAUCCAGACUUACAGACUGCACAUCUCCCAGGAUAUACCCCAGGAUAACCUGGUCAUGUUCUACAGCAGCUAUGACAGUCGUACUGAGUUGCAGAUGGAGCGGCCAGUCGUGGGUCUAAAUGAAAGCACAGUCGUCACACUCAGGUGUCCUGCUCUGCUGGUGGUUGGAGACACUUCGCCUGCUGUUGAUGCCGUGGUGGAGUGUAACUCCAGACUGAACCCGACCAAGACCACCCUGCUCAAGAUGGCGGACUGUGGAGGACUUCCUCAGGUGGUGCAGCCGGGAAAACUAGCAGAGGCCUUCAAGUAUUUUGUGCAGGGGAUGGGCUACAGUGAGUAUCUGCACUUCACAUUAACACAC